AUGGAAGUCGGGAAUCAAACUGAAAGACAAGAGCAGAAGCUUGUAGUCGGCGGUAAACGAUCUAGAAAGAAUUACACAGAUGAUAUUAGUCUUGAAGAGGUUGAAGAAGAAAUUCGGCUAGAAAAAAUUCGGCAAACAUCUACCAAAUUCACAUGGGAUUAUUUUUCUCAGCUUUUACGUCGGAAUCUGAUGGAAAAGCGUUUUAUGUUAAGCGCUGAUGACAGAGAAGAUUUAGUGCAAGCAGCUGCUGAUAUGAGAAAACAUAUGCCAUCGGAUAGUAAUCGCGAAUUACCUACACAUCUUCGACAACUUGCUGAAAGUUUAUCCAGCGAUUUUCAAUCUCAUCAGGGAUUCUACAAAAUAAGAAAUGCAGAUUUUACACUGGAAAUCACUGUUUCUUCUGAAAGCCAGCAAAUCAUUAGUUGCUCAAUUUCGUGGUCAGGUGAACGAGCAGUUGAAACGCAAAUACUUCGACUAUACAUUUCACGUAAUAGAUGGGAUCUUGUUCAUACAGCACUAGCAACAAUGUCUCAUCUUGUGCCUGUCGAACUUUCAAGAGAUGAAAAAGCACAUUGCUUGCGAUCAUUGGAAUGUGCAGAAAAAGAUCUUCUGAGUAUGUCCGGAAAUGCUACAUCAAUUUUUGACCAGAUUAAUGGUGGAAUUUUGGGUUAUUGUAGGCCUCGAACUGAAUCCACUCCAUUCACAAUAUAUCCUUUUGUUGAGCCAAUAAUAUUUUUGAAUCAUGACUUGGGACGUAUCAUAUCUCCUACCAGUGAACAAGUAUUGUAUGAUGUGGAACCGUAUCUACAGCUGUGUAUUACAUCAUGUUCAACACCCAAUUUUUUUGCGGACAGCACAAUUUUUUCCCAUGGAGAAUGGCGUAAUAACAUUUCUGGUCGCCAAGUACAAGCCUCAUUUUGCUUGAAGUUUUCGAGACCAAUUAUAUUCUCAUCGCCUGCCAUUAAAAAACUUUCAAAAAUCGCUUCAGUUCAUCUAAAUGUCGAAGGUUCAUAUAAUUUGUAUCAAUAUUUGCUGGAUGAAAAAGAGGUGCGUAUAUUUCUGUUUUUUCGGUUUUUAAACUUUUAUGUGCAGAAAAAAGAAUUUCAGAAAUGCUCUGAUCUUUUUAUUCGCUUACCAGGUUGUUCCACACAGCACUAUAUUUUGGAUAAUUCAAUGACACGUUCAAAAGAGGAUGGUAUUUUGAGAGAGGUAUCAUUCGCUCAUUUGCAAGACAUUACAUGUGUGGUGGGUAUCAUUCGAUCGCAGCUAGCUCAUAAUGCAUUGUUUGAAAGUCUUGUAAGAGCACAUAAUCGCAGUGCAUGCAUUGAUGAAAAUAUCGUUGAUAUUCACAUUGCUUCUUCGUAUAUCGAUCAUUUCGAUCUUCAGUUUUACCUAAAGAAAAAUCUUUUCAUGGCUCGUGUUGCUCUGCCACCUUCCAGUCUCAGUGUUUCAUUGGAAUGUGUUAUUAAUGGAGCAGUACUUCCAGAAUCACAGCAUGCUGCGACUGUUCUAGCUAAGAGUUGGUCGCUAGCAGUGAUGAUGAGAAGCGUUUUACGUCGUGGAGGUGCCAUUGCGAUAGCUGCGCUUGAAAAUCCAUUUUUGAUUAACGAAAAUGUUGAUAGUAACUGCGAAGUUAAAGUAUCACAAUCUUGGUUGUUGUUUCCAAACACAGUGGAUCGCAACAUUAGCUGCGACAAAAUAGAGCAUGAAUAUGUCGUUGAUGAGCGCAUUAAUCAUAGUACUUCACGAGAUGGCAAAUUAGGAGGAGAAUCUCCACUCUCUUUAUUGGCAAUUUUUAAAGAGAUUGAAAAGAUAGAAGAACUGAUACCGCCUCAAAAGCCUUUGAAUGGAACGCAACAAUGCACGAUGCCUUCACGUAAUGAAAUGCUUGCACCACGUACAAGUCGUAUUCAUUCUGAAAAUACGAUGACGAUCAAUGCCUUCUCUGUCCUGGACGCUAUAUGUGAUAUGGCGGCAAGUAUUGAUGAUGGUGAAUCAAACGUUUCCGAACAAAGCAGUCAUUCUUCCAUUGUAGAACGGUGCUCACCUUCUACUAACGAGACACAGAGACACAGGCCUACAAUGCCCUCACAGUCUCCCUCACCAGCUAAUGAACGUUAUCGUGGAUCACAGGGAACAAAUUUUACGCAUCUCUCACCUCUCGAAAUUGCGCGUCAGCGACUCGCGCAGCAAGCACCGAUGAGUAAUCCGACAGAUGUUUUUGAAUUUGAUGAUCCACCCCGUAUGACUUCAGCAAAUUCGCUAGCAUCAUCAGCUCAGCAAUUUCAUUUCCCAGAGACAGGACAGAAUCCUUACACGUUUGCAGCUAUGCACAGCACGAGGGGCUCAAUGAAUGCGCAACCAACUCUGAAACGUCGGGGUCGAGGUCGCAAAGCAGGCAAUAUAGGAGAUAGAAUGUUAGAUCCAGCAAGAUCAAUUAUUGACCAAAGUACGGGGCUGAUGUUUCGUGGUAUCAAUAUUUCAACCCGAAAACCGCGAGGAAGUUCAACAGCUAGACGUCCCCGAAGACCUCGUAAAGCUGUACAUAUGCCAGCGUCUCCAGCACAAUCUCAUCAGUUUGCUAUGAAUCGUCCAAUGUUACAGCGGUCAUUCUCAGAGAUGCCUGCAUAUCCUCCUCAAAUUCCACCUGCCAAUAUUCCCCAAGAAAAUCGAUCAGAGGUGUCAGGAUUUGAUGGAACGGAAGAAUCAUCAGAUGAGGAAACCGAUCCACCUCCUCCAGUCCGUACUACGGGGUUGCAGCAAUCGACACAGCAUACUGUUACUGCAAGCAGCAAUACUACAAUGACUCAAACAACUACUCUCUCCAAUAUUUCAUCAGUUACACCAUCACAUGUAAAUAAGGCUUCAUCUCAAUCUGUUGCCUCAUCUAUCUCUUCUUCAUCAUCCAGUGGAGUACUGACUGAACUCGCACCGCCAACCAGUUCAUCUCCAUCGGCAGUUAAUAGCACAUCACUACAGGCAGCGUUUUUGGCUCAUAAAGCACGAAAAGGAAGUCUAGAAGCUGUCGUCGGCAAGUUACAUUGUAAAAGUGCUCUGCCGAGUAACAAUGGUUCUACAACUUCAAAUCCAUACCUUGCUUCAGAUUUAUAUGACGACGAAUCAGAACCAGUUAAACCAUCUGAGCCAACUCCCACAAAACGGGACAGUCCAUCAGUAUCGGUCUCAUCGCCUGGUGCCAGAAUGUCCCCAAAUUUGACAAAAAUGAAUUCUGAACAAUCAGGUUGUGGAUCGGAGUUAAAGAUAAUGAUUAAAUUGAAACAACAAGCAUCAACACGAUCUUCUGUUGUACCAUCUUCUCAAACUGCAUCGAGUAGUGUGCCAUCGUCCAUGCGUUUGGUUGGUCAGCCUCCACUUUCAUCAAGAUCUAAAGAAGAGAAAGCAUUGUCACGUCAGAAACAGCUAAAAGACAAAAAUCGAUCUGCGCAAGAUGAACGAGCCCGUAAAACGGCUAAAAGAGAACGCAAAAAUGAACUGAAUAGCACUACCAAGAAACUGAAAAUUGACCGUCCAUCAAGUGAACAAAAGACAACAAAUCUUUCUCCGAAAGUGGAGUUUCCUCAAGCCCUUGCAUUUGCUAGCCUUAAAAACUUCAAAAUACCAAAGGUGAUGGAGAAUGAAAAAUGUGAAAGCCCUACACCAACGACAGCACCUACACCAGCUGUAACUACUCCAUCAUCAUCCAAUACUUAUUUAAAUGCUCUUCAAAAUACGGGUCCUUCGUCAGUUCAAGCGACAUCAACUUUGGCAUCAGCAACAACUACGACAACAACAGCUUCAGCAUCAAUGGGAAUUUCAUCUAUAUUUCCACCCAAACCGAAAUCAAUUUUGAAAUUGCCUGCUGAACCGCCUCCACCACCGCUUUUCAGAGGAAUGGGUGGUAUGCCGCCUAUGCUACCCGGCCGACGACCAUUGUUGCCUGAUCCACGGAAUAUAAUGCACCACCCACCACGACCGUUGGUACCGCUACCUCGAAUGAUACCACCAGUAAUGGGUGGUGCAAACUUCAUGCCACCACCUGCUUCGUCAGGUCGUUGGAUGGCAUUAGCACCGCAACGGCAGCCAUCACCAAGAAAUUCACCGUCUGAACAAUCUGCAUCUGCUUCUGGCUUUCCUGAUACCGCUGCGAGCAUGUCCAAAAUGCAGGAUAGUCCUACAGAGGGUCUCAAAAUUGUUGCAGAUGAGGAAUAG